UCGCCAAAACUCUAUGAAAAUCGUGAAAAAUUGCCAAACGGUUUGAGAGGAUAUUAUGUACAUAGACUUCUUGUAAAUGCUGUUGCAAUGUGGGCUUCGCCUCGUUAUGCUUGGAAUAUUUACAGACUUCUUGACGAAAUUCAUAGACAAGAACGUGAAGAGCUAGAGAACAAGCUUGAAGCAAAAGACAAAAGCAUUCAGAAAAGAAUACCACGUUCGGUACCAAAAGGAAAGGAAAAGAACUAUAAGUAUAUGAUUUAUACUGAAGAGAUGGAAAAUGAAGAAGAUAAAGAUAUGGUUAUGUUGCAUUUAGUCAGAAGAAACAACAAAAGCUUUUACGACCUUGCUAAGAUUUACAAAUCUGACAGAAAUUGGUUCUAUCGUGAAAACUUACCGAUUUCAAUGACACCGAAUGAAGAUGUGAAACAAAUAGUUCAAGAUACGUUACCUCAAACACACUAUGAUAUGAAAGGUUGUACAAUUCUUACCUUCAAAGAAGAUUUGCCAUUGUUAAAGGAAAAAAUAACAGAGUAUUUUGACAACUUCAAACAAGCAGAGUAA